UUGGUCUUCUUGGAGAGCUUAGACGGAAGUCCUGGGCUGGGGAGUUAGGCACCCGCGAAGAUGGCGGCUGCAGCAGCGAGUCGCGGGAUCGGGGCCAAACUUGGCCUGCGUGAGAUUCGCCUCCACUUGUGCCAGCGCUCGCCCGGCAGCCAGGGCGUCAGGGAAUUCAUCGAGAAACGCUAUGUGGAGCUGAAGAAGGCGAACCCUGGCCUGCCCAUUCUAAUCCGCGAGUGUUCUGAUGUACAGCCCAAACUCUGGGCCCGCUACGCAUUUGGACAAGAGAAGAAUGUCUCUUUGAACAACUUCAGUGCUGAUCAGGUAACCAGAGCUGUGGAGAAUGUGCUAAGUGGCAAAGCCUGAAGCCUCCACUGAUUGUUAACAGCAACAGCCCUACAGCUUGGCCUCUUUUGGACUGAGUACAAUAUAAAAAAAGUGUUCAUUUGUUCUUUAUAAAGCUUGUGCUGAAAAAUGC